AUGUCGUCCAUACCCUCGCUCGCGUCCUUCUCCUCCCUGAACACAGGGAGCGACCGCUCCCGGACUGCGCGUGAUUUCGUAUCAUCUUUUUCUCCUUCUUUAAAAUCACAGAACAAAAAGACGACGACGACGACGAUGCUGUUGAAGACGAUGAAGAAGAAGAAGAAAACAGACGAGGACAAAGUUGAAAACAACAACAGAAGAGGGCAAAGAGAGCGAAGGAAGGUGCUCAAAGCCGAAAAUUCGUCGCGAAGAGACUUCGUGUCGUGGAUGACGCUGCUAUUGGCUCACAGCAACGCCAUGUUUCUUCAAACAGGACAUAAAAUAUCAGCUUUUGCAGAGCAACAACAACAACAACAACAACAACAAACUUUCACGCAAAGGUUUCCGACGCUUUUCAAGCCUUUUCUCGGUGAAGGAACGAAGAAAACGAUAAAGACGACGUUGGUAGAAGACAGAUGCUGGGCCUUGGAACAGACAAUUGAGUUAGGACCUCUAGAAACGCCUUUGCGGUGCGUUGUCGUUCGCUUAUCUUCCGGCGACUUGUGGGUGCACAAUCCGCUCGCGCCGACUGAGGAAUUUUUCCAACUCGUCGAAUCUUGCGCCGCGGAUGGAGGUGAACAUGCACCAUCGUCAUCGUCCGCUUCUUCAUCUUCUUCAGCUCGCGUAGCUUCGAUAGUGGUACCGACAUAUGCUUUAGAACACAAAAUAUUUGCCCGAGAUGCUCACGAAAGGUGGCCCGAGGCUGAAAUAUGGGUCGCUCCUGGCCAGUUUUCGUUCCCAGUCGAGAACAUCCCCAACGCGUACGUCUACGGCACAGAAUCAAACGUGUUUGUUCUCUCGGAAUCCAACGAUGAAGCGGGAAUGGCAACGAAACAGCCAGCGUGGAAAGACGAAAUCAACUACGAGACUCUCGAUGUUGGUGCGUUUAACAUCGCGAAUAAAAAUAUUCAAAUAAAGGAGUGCGCAUUUUUUGAUGUCAAAACUGGCAUGUUGAUUGUCACCGACGCGCUCGCGAAGAUUCCCUUGACGCCACCGGUCUUAUCUUCGAAAGAAAAACUUCUCCUCGUCUCGAAACGAUCGACGAAAGAUCUUCAACCGGAUGAUACGCCGGAAAACGUUCUCGCGGGUUGGAAGAAAACAGCGCUGCUCGUAUCUUUCUUCUUUCCAGAACACGAAGAAUUGGUGUCGCCGAGUGAAGUCGUUUGGACCGACGGAUGGGAAACGAAUUUUGAGUCCAUAUCGAAUCGUUUACUCGUACCUCCGGUCGUUCGGACGCUUCUGUAUGCGCAAAACCCAAGAGCAGUUCGUAAUUGGGUCGAUCGCGUGAGCGAACGUUGGGGAGAAUCUAUAAAGAGCAUCGUUCCGGCGCAUUGGGAUGCUCCCAUCGAUGCAAACGUGGAUGAAUUUAGAAACGCGUUUCGAUUCCUCGAGGAUGAUCGCACAGAUCCGUUUCUCGAUGGAGAUCUGAAGCGCGGAUUAGCACCGAUAGCAAAAGCAAUUUUGAAAUAG